AUGGUGUACAAUAGCAUUCCUCCGCGAGGAUCUUUGGUAUUUUUUAAAGAAGAGCAUAAACGAACACAAACGACGACCGUUUUUAUAUUUGCUUUUACAACUGUCUUCCGUGUAAAGCGUUCGCGUUAUUAUGAUGCGUUUUCCAUUGAAAAUUUCGUCUCCAUAUUGACUUCCCACGGCUUGUACGUGGGUAGAACUGUUUACAACAGACGUUGUGCAGGUGGCAAUGCGGAAUCGGGUUGGAUCGAAUACAUGGCGCAGCACAUGAACGUGUGGUUUAUGGUUACAAAAUAA